AUGUAUACCCCAGUGCCGGUGGCUUUAGGCGUUGCUCGAGCAGAUGAACGUAAAAAAGUUUAUUUUGAAAUUAUAUUUUCCUCCAAGUCCACACAACGCCAAUUUUCCCACACACGUUUCAUAUUCCUGCUAAUAAUAGUUCUCAACACCCUCGAUACAAAAGAUCACACUACCCGGCCACAAAUUAUACACCGAAAACAUUUCGAAAACGAUCUCAAAUAUUGCACAAAAUGUUUCGUACACCAAAUACAACAAUGUUUGGAUAUCUUUGAAAACAUCAAGCCAGAUAAUGAAUUCUCUGUGAGGCAGCUUUUAACAUUUUUGCCAGAAAGAUCUUGCAAAAGAAACAAUCAAGUGGUGAAACUGAAAAACUCCACCAAAAAACUUAUAACAAAAUAUUUAUUCAACACAAAAUAUGAAAUAGAAAAAAACUUUGAAACUGUACAACUAAAAAACCAAUUUUUAGCAGAACAAGAAAAUUUACAGGGCAUGCAAUAUACGCCUUUAAACACUAUACAGGAUUUUAUAAAAGAUUUACAAAAAUUUCACAAGAAUCUAACAGAAAUCACCAUAUGGCUUUAUCUUUCAAAUAACAUACAACCUUUAAUAUUACCUUUAUUAAAACAGCAAAAUUUUGCGGUACCUGAGACCUAUGCUGUGUGUGGUUUUACUUUAUACCAACAAUAUGCCGGUGAAGAUUUAUAUAAUUAUUUCAAUAUGGAUUUUCCCUUAAAAUUGGAAAUUUCUAAACAAUUAUUGCAGGCAGCUUUAAAAUUUUCCCAUGGAUUUAAUAACUACCGUUUCUAUAUAACCGAUCUGACGGCCGAUAAUAUUGUCUACGAUCAGAUCAAUAAUAAAUUGUAUUUCAUUGAUUUGGAUACGAUUUUCAUAGUGAACUCUGCCAAGUCCAAAUACCACACCUCCAUACAUAAACAUCAGUAUAUAGAAUGUUCGGGUUGUUUUGCCUAUUCAGCCGAUGAUAUCGCUUCUUAUAAUAUCAGUGAUAUAAAUGUGUAUUCUGCUUGUCAAUUUUUAAGAGAAGAUCUAUUUAAAGAUCAAUCUAAGGGGUUUCUAUAUCCCAUACCAGAUAAAAUAAAUGAGGCUUAUCCGAAAUUAUGGCAGCUAUUAAAUAAAUGUGUUGAUUGUCCGGAUUCUGUGUGUGGGGAACGUUUGACGGUAGCUAACGAGUUAAUUGAACUAUUUGAGGAGAUUUUGCAGUAAUGAAUAGUUGAUCGGAAAAGGAAGGAAGCUGGAAAUAUAUAGGCAUUUGGCUGUAAAAAGGUGUACCGAUUAAGGGAGGAAAGGGUUUUACAUCUGAGGUAUAUCGAAAAUAGCUGGUAUUUUGCCGAAGACUUUUUGAUGUUCGACACAUGCAGAAAAUUACUUUUAUUACUUUAUAACUUCUAAACCAAAAGAGAACAGCAAAAACAAUUUACACCAUUAUUCUUAGAAUCACUCUAUUAAUGGUAAAAUUAAGCCCUGAUUUAAUAAACUAAUUCUAGGCUAAAAUUA